CUUCAGAACUGCUUUGGGAGUUGUAGUGUUUACGGCGAGGAUCCAACGGGACGUGUAGAAGGAAAAACUUUGUGAAAAAUGUUCGCCUGAGGGACAGAAAGGAUUCCCAGGGAAUCAGGAUCAAGCCAGGUAGGGGAUCUGGACACGCUCACACACCCACUGAGGAUGCACUGAACGGUGGAAAUCAGGGUCCCCCUUAAUGCAGCUAUGGCUUCGGCGGCGGCUGACCCAGCCUCCCAGGUUCAUGCUGCAGCCGUCAACGGAGACAGGAAUGCCCUCGUCAGACUCAUCACAGCAGAGUCUUCUCUAAGGGACCACGAUGACCAGUUUGGACGCACCCCUCUGAUGUACUGCGUGCUGGCCGACCGCCUGGACUGCGCUGAGGUUCUUCUGAAGGCUGGAGCCUCGGUCAAUAAAACAGACCACAGUCAGAGAAGCGCUCUGCACCUGGCUGCUCAGAAAGGGAAUGUGCGCUUCCUGAAGCUGCUUCUGUCCAGGCGGGCCAACUGUCUGCAGAAAGACUUAGAGGGCAUGACCCCUCUUCACCUGGCCACUCGGCACCCGUCCCCCAAAGCCCUCGCCCUGCUUCUAAAACACAUCGGACCAGGAGAGGUCGACACGCAAGACAAGAACAAGCAAACCGCUCUUCACUGGUCAGCGUUUUAUAAUCGACCAGAGCACGUCCGCCUUCUGAUCAAGCACGAUUCCAACAUCGGCAUCCCGGACAGCGAGGGGAAGAUCCCCCUCCACUGGGCUGCACACAGCCAGGAGGCCAGCGCCACACAGACCGUCCGCUGCAUCCUGGAAGCAGCACCCACCGAGUCCCUGUUGAACUGGCAGGACUACGAGGGUCGGACACCGUUGCACUUCGCCGUUGCCGAUGGCAACGAGGCCGUGGUGAAGCUGCUCACCUCUUAUAAGGGCUGCAAUGUGACAGCUUACGAUAACCUGUUCAGAACGCCGCUGCACUGGGCCGCUCUGCUGGGCCAUGCUAAAAUAGUCCACCUGCUGCUGGAGAGAAACAUAUCAGGCACCAUCCUCUCCGACAGCCAAGGAGCGACGCCGCUGCACUACGGCGCGCAGAGCAACAACGCCGAGACAGUUGGUGUGUUUUUGUCUCACCCGUCUGUGAAAGACGAACCGGAUCUGGAGGGGCGAACCGCCUUCAUGUGGGCUGCCGGGAAGGGCAGCGAUGAUGUCAUCUGCACCAUGCUGGCCCUCGCCCCGCACAUUGACAUCAACAUGGCCGACAAGUAUGGAGGCACUGCCCUCCAUGCGGCCUCCCUGGCAGGCCAUGUGAGCACCGUAAACCUGCUGCUUAAGAAAGGAGCAACGGUCGACUCCCUGGAUGUGAUGAAACACACGCCGCUGGUCCGUGCCUGUGAGAUGGGAUACAAAGAUGUCAUCCUUACCCUCAUCAAAGGUUCUGCUCGUGUGAACCUGGUGGACGUGGACGGCCACACGGCGCUGCACUGGGCUGCUCUGGGAGGAAAUGCGGAGGUCUGCCAGAUACUGAUGGAGAGCGGGAUCAGUCCUAAUGUACAGGAUCAUGCAGGACGGACUCCGUUACAGUGUGCUGCGUACGGCGGUUACAUCACAUGCAUGGCAGUUCUCAUGGAAAAUAACGCUGAUCCAAAUAUCCAGGACAAGGAGGGCCGGACUGCCCUCCACUGGUCGUGUAACAACGGCUACCUGGACGCAGUGAAGCUGCUGCUGGGCUACAACGCUUUCCCUAAUCAAAUGGAGCACACAGAGGAGAGGUACACCCCUCUGGACUACGCUUUGCUGGGAGGACACACCGAGGUGAUCCAGUUCAUGCUGGAGCACGCUGCUCUGUCUAUAGCAGCCAUCCAGGACAUCGCUGCUGCUUCCAUCCAGGCCGUCUACAAGGGUUACACCGUCCGCAAGGCCUUCCGGGAGAGGAAGCAGCUCCUCAUGAGACACGAGCAGCUACGAAAAGAUGCAGCCAAAAAGCGAGAAGAAGAACAGCGAAGAAGAGAAGCGGGUCAGCGAGCUCCCGCAGACGCUGCUGCAGAGAGAGGAAGGGAGGGGGUGGAGCCGGAGGCGCUCGCCUCGGAGGACAUCGAUGACUCUACGGUGGAAAAAAGGAACUCGUCCAAAAGCGGACGCACAAAGACUAAACAGGAGAGGCAUAAAGCCCAAAGAAGCAGGUUUUCUAGAGGCAGCGCUCCCACUGAUCCACAGGAGCUUCCUGAAGUUCUGAGCAGCAGCGAUGCUUCCUCGACCACCAGGCUGAGGGAACUUCUGUCCCCCAGCAGACCCAAAGUCAGGGAACCGGCCUCCUCGAGCACCUCGACUCCUUCCACACCUGCCUUUGGCGUGGACAAAACGAGCCCCAGAGAGAGCGUUCCUCUGAAAAAGAAAGACGCUCACACGAGUGUGCAUGCUGCCUCGGGCAAGAGGCACGCCCACACCUCUCCUCUGAAGCACAGACACCACAAAGAGCCGGCUCCGGAGAAGCCCUCAGUCAGAGACCAAACCGCCUCAGUAAGAAGCGGUUCGUCUUCAGACGGCAGAAAGCCGCCCAGAAAAGCUCCGUCCGGUUCGUGCACGCCAACGUCCACCAGCAGGCGGAGGGAUGAGGCUGCACGCGCCAUCCAGCGAGCGUGGUGGAGGUUCUGUGCACACAGAAGGGAAGCAGUCGAGGCCUGUGAAGAAACACAGCUGAGUGAAUUAAGCUACGCUCCUAGCUGGAGAAACAUGGGAAGCAGAGUUCAACGUGGCCAAUCAGCAUCGAGUAAAAGUUCCGCUCUGCACAGCGUCUACGGCAACGCCGCGGUGAGACGAGAACGCUCGAUUCAGUCUCAUCUGGACGUCCCUCUACGAACGCAGAGCCAGUUGAGUGGUUUAGACCGCGUGCACCUGCCCGACACCCUGAGUCAAGCCACGCUGUUCUCUUACCACCUGAGACCACACAGUGCAGGACAGGGGACGGGAGGCCGCGGGAAAUAUUAAACACACACACACACACACACACACACACUUGAUGUUUUCUCAGCUGGUUGGCAGCCUUGCCUCUAUAGAAAUACUCAAUGUUCAUUCAAUGUGCCAAACUUUCUAAAAUUAAGCCGUAUGACAUCAGAGCCAUGACCUCACAGGGUGGGGUUACGUCUACAGAAAAGGCGUGUGUAAAAGAUAACCUUUCAUCCAUUGUGGGGCGAGCGCACACACACACACACACACACACACACUUCAUUUUCUCUCGUUCUCCACCGUCGCCAUGCACACACAGAGAUAACCUUUCCUCCUAUUAUGGAGAAUGAGGCCGUCCAUCAACAGCCAGUCAUACAGACAGCCCACCUGCAGCUGCCGACACACACACACACACACACACACACACACACACACACACACACACACACACACACACACACACACACACACACACACACACACACACACACACACACACACACACACACACACAGAAAUUAGCUCCCCCUUAAGAAAAAUGUGCAUUUCUGUCAUUCUCGUUUUUUCCUUCUGCACAUUAAAGACGUUUGUGUAAAAUAUUGA